GUACUGCAGUGAUUACUAUUCAGUGGAGAACUAUAAGGCCACAUAUGCACCAACUUUUGCACCACUAGAUGAUAAAAGUGAAUGGGUCCAGCCAAACAUGAACAAGAAGAUCUUGAACCCUCCUCACAGUAGGAAACCAGGAAGACCCAAGAGCAAGAGGGUAAGAAGUUAUGAUGAACCUCGUGUUGAGAAGACAAAAAGGAGGUGUGGGAAAUGUGGAAAUGUUACUAACCACAACAAAAGAACAUGUGCUGGUGGUGAAGUGGGAUCUAAUCCAACUGCAAAGAGGCAAAGGACUGAAUGUGAUGCACAAAGCUUCACCUUCAGCAACAUAGAGCCAAGUCAGACCACCGGAGUUAGGGGUGCAGCUAAGUCAAACAAGAAGAAGAGAACGGCAUCAUUUGUUGGUGAAUGUUUUACAGGGCCUGGCAGUCAGCCUUUGGCAACACCAUCUUCUACUCCAGCUUCCACAACACCUAUGAGUCUGCCAUCUAUAGCACCAUCUUCUACUCCACCCUCUACAAUAAAUAACCUUUAUCAGAACUUCUUUGGCAUUGGAUCUGUAUCUCAGAAUAUAAAACAAGGAAAGGGAAAGGGAAAUGGAAAGGCUAAGAAGAAAUGA